UUUACUCAGUCUGUUGCGAACUUCCACCGUAGACUGGUGUUUAUAAAUUCGAUCUACAAGUCUGUUUAUACAAUUAUAUUACCAAUAUAAUUAGUAAUAAGAUAACAUUGAGACCUAUUACCAUUUAUAAUUUAUCGUAACUCAGAUAUCUAAAAUUAUCGUAAUUUUUAUAAAUUAUUUAACCGCCAAUAAUGACGAUAAUUUUAUGCAAGUUUUAUCUCCGGUGAAAUAAAUUAGAAUUGUUAAAUAUUUAGUUUUAAAUAUUUUAUCAAUUUUAACCAUGUGGAAGUGUUGGAUUUUACUAUUAUGUUCAACAGGUCUAUCAUCGAGUAGCUCUGCAGUGGGGCCGCAGAGCGUGAGUAUAAAUUUACCCGAAAACAAUCAUGUCAAGAAUGAAGUGAAAAAAGAAUUAAGCGUUCGCCGUUUUGCUUGUCCCAUUGGUUUCUUCCGGUUAAAAAGAAACUGUUACUAUUUAAGCGCUGGUAUGGCACCUUGGCGAGAAGCGCAUUUUCAUUGUAAAGAUAGAAAUUCCACCUUGGCUAUUCUUGACAGAAAGGGAAAAAAUCGAAUUCUUAGAAAGUAUUUAAUGGGCGAUCAGUUCACAAAGCUCGAGAGGUGGAUCGGUGGGAUCUACAAUUGGCAACAGAUGACAUGGGAAUGGGGUGUAUCGGGUGAAAAAGUGGUCUUUCAAAAUUUCCACAAUUUAAAUCAAAGCAAUUCAAAGGCAUACGCUUGGCAUUGCAUGGUAUUAGAUCCAGCUGUUAAAUAUAAAUGGAGUCCCCGAAGUUGCGUUAAAAAGAAGCAUUACAUAUGCCAAGUACCCGCGGGACGAAUAGGACACAGAAGGAAGAAAAUAAAAGAUAGUAAUCUGGUGGAACAGAACCAAAUAACUAAACCGAAGAGGAAAGGUAAAAAGCAUAACGAGAAAGAAAAGGGUUAUCCGGAAUCUCAUCGGCAUAACAGAGUCCGAGAAGAGUGGAGAAGUAAAUUGGAUGUAAAAAAUUAUAACGAUGAUGAUAAUAAUAGAAAUAAUAAGAAUAAUAAUAAUGAAGAAUGGGUACACGGUGUUAAUCCUGGCUCAAGACCUCCUGUAUCGAGAUCAAGACACCCGAGACCAGCUGAUAGAACUCGCCACCAGUCAAACAGAAUUCGCCAACGCGAUGACACACCUAAGAUAACUCAAAGAAUACCACAAGGUUACGAGCAUGGUGCAUUUUCAAGAGAUGGCUCUAUUGAUACCAAUCCUCAAUUCCUGGCAGACUCGCAAUAUCAUAAUAGCUUCAACGAUAUAGCUCACGAAGAAGUUUUAAUAAAAACGUGAAUUCUUAUUAAAUUACUAGGUAAUUUUUAAGAAUGUCAAUAAACGAGAUACUUAUAAAUUAUAAUAAAAUAAUCCGCUUAAAUAUUUGUCAAUAUUUCAUAAUUAUAUGCUUGACAGUCUAUUAAAGAUAAUUGCUCUCUCCGAUACUCGUUAAUCGAUAUAAAAACUAGAAACGGUUUUAAGACUGUUUCGGUGGUUAUUUUUUUAACAAACUAAA